AUGGAUGGAGACAACCAGACUGGAAGGUCCGAGUUCCUCCUUGUUGGACUCUCAGAGGAUCCAGGGCAGCAGCAAGUCCUGUUUUGGAUGUUCCUGUCCAUGUACCUGGUCACUGUGGUGGGAAAUGUGCUCAUCAUCCUGGCCAUCAGCUCUGACUCCCGUCUGUACACACCCAUGUACUUCUUCCUGGCCAAUCUCUCCUUCACUGACCUCUUCUUUGUCACCAACACAAUCCCCAAGAUGCUUGUGAAUCUUCAGUCCCAGAACAAAGCCAUCUCCUAUGUAGGUUGUCUGACACAACUUUAUUUCCUGGUCUCCUUGGUAGCCCUAGACAACCUCAUUCUUGCUGCAAUGGCCUAUGACCGCUAUGUGGCCAUCUGCCGCCCCCUCCACUACACCACAAUCAUGAGCCCUAACCUCUGUAUCUUGCUCUUAGCCUUAUGUUGGUUCUUUUCUAUCCUCUAUGGCCUCAUUCACACUCUCCUCAUGACCAGGGUGAUUUUCUGUGGUUCCCGGAAGAUCCACUACAUCUUCUGUGAGAUGUAUGUCCUACUGAGGUUAGCAUGUUCCAACACUCAGGUCAAUCACAUAAUGCUAAUGGCCACUGGCUGUUUCAUCUUCCUAAUCCCCUUUGGAUUCAUGAUUGUGUCAUAUAUUUGGAUUGUCAAAGCCAUCUUCCGAAUACCCUCCACCUCCAGUAAGUACAAAGCCUUCUCCACCUGUGCUUCCCAUCUGGCUGUGGUGUCACUUUUCUAUGGAACACUUUGUAUGGUCUAUCUGAAGCCCCUUGACACCUAUUCCAUGAAGGACUCAGUGGCUACAGUGAUGUAUGCUGUGGUGACACCCAUGAUGAACCCUUUCAUCUAUAGCCUGAGGAACAAGGACAUGCAUGGCGCCCUUGGAAAACUCCUCUUAGGGAAAGCUUUUCGGAGGCUGACAUAA